UUACGUCAUUCUUCAUUUCCAACGAUUGCUUUCACUUUUUCUUCAAUUUUUUCGGGAUAUUAUCGUUAACUGCACUCUUUUUUCGACCCGUGAUCUGCACUUAAUGCUUUGUGACGUUGGGGUUUUUUUCUUUUUAAUUUACCAUUGCGAUUAGCGUUUUGGUUGAGCCUUGUAAACGCAGCAAUCCCACAUGGAAAAGGGCGCGCUGCAGAACGGAGUUUGUACCUCGGAGUCUGUCGACGGAAGUCGUGAUGUGUGGAGUUCCAAGGUAUCUGAUUCUUCCUCGGCCGACCAUCUAGUUGUCAUGGUCAAUGGAAUCCUGGGAAGUGCCACAGAUUGGAAGUUUGCUGCAGAGCAAUUUGUUAAAGCGCUUCCUGAUAAAGUGUUCGUUCACUGUAGUGAACGAAAUGUGUCUAGGUUGACCCUGGAUGGUGUGGAUGUAAUGGGGGAGCGAUUGGCAGAGGAGGUUAUUGAUGUUAUCCGAAGAAAGCCCAACAUGCGUAAGAUAUCCAUUGUUGCCCACUCUGUGGGAGGACUAGUGGCAAGGUAUGCAAUUGGGAGACUGUAUAGGCCGUCUGAAAGAGAAUGCAUGGAUGACUCAUGCACUACAGAAAGUAAAGAAGACUUAAGUGGUACCAUAUGUGGCUUAGAGGCAAUGAAUUUCAUUACUGUUGCUACCCCUCAUCUGGGAUCUAGGGGCAAUAAGCAGGUUCCAUUUCUUUUUGGUGUACCUGCAAUUGAGAAACUUGCAAGCUGUGUUAUUCAUUUGAUUUUUAGAAGAACUGGUCGUCAUCUUUUCCUUACUGAUGUUGAUGAAGGAAAGCCACCAUUGCUCAAACGCAUGCUAGAAGAUUUUGAGGAACUUCAUUUCAUGUCUGCGUUGCGUACUUUUAAACGCCGGAUUGUAUAUUCAAAUGUGGGCUAUGAUCAUAUUGUUGGCUGGAGAACAUCAUCUAUCAGAAGAAAUAAUGAACUUCCGAAGUGGGAGAAUACAGUAAAUGAAAAAUAUCCACAUGUUGUAUAUGAAGAACACUGCAAGGCAUGUGAAGCUGAGCAGUGUGAUUUAUUAGAUGAAAGCUCUGAUAAGAUUGAAGAGGAGCUGGUGACAGGCUUAUCUCGUGUGUCAUGGGAAAAGGUAGAUGUUAGUUUUCACAGUAGUAGACAGAGAUUUGCUGCUCAUAGUAUCAUUCAGGUCAAAGACCAAACCUCGCAUCUAGAAGGUGCAGAUGUCAUACGCCAUAUGAUUGAUCAUCUUCUGACGUAAAAGCUAAUGAUUCCUUGGACUGAGUAAUUCUUAGCUAUUUAAGCUUUCUCUAAGGGGUAUGAGCAACCCCUUGACCAAUAUAGAGUUCUCCAUAUAUCAAGGUGAAAUAGCUUUUGAAAUUUUUGUUUUAUCUAUGAACAAUUCAUUUUGUGUGUAAAUUAUGAAGUUAUAAGGGGAAAGACAGAAACAUCCAUUCGGGAAAGUAUGAAUAGAGGCAGUUGCCCGAUUCUAGUUAAAAUACUAUGGAUGGUGGCAUGAUAUGGAGCUCACUUGUUAAAACUGGAUGAAAAUAAGUAAAAAUGAAAGUGUAAAUGGGAAAAAGGUUUCAUGUGAUUUUUACGUUGAUAUUUUCCUUUUAA